UUGGGAAGUGCCGUCGGGGGCAGCUCGCUGGAAGGCUUGGACGUGACCCUAUAAGCUAUAAGCGGCCACUUCAUCCAGGACACGGGUCACCUCCCCGUCCCGGAGGGUCUUUCCGAGGGGCCUCGGCACCCCCGUGCAUGCCGGGCGGGCUCCACGCACCGGGCAGGAAGUUGCACAACCGCACUGGAGUGCUAAGCAGUAAUUAUAAUUACCAGAAAGAGGAACGGUGCCAGAAAAAUUAGAACAGGAAAGUGACACUUUCCAAAAACAGGAGAGUUUGCUCUGGGGAGCAGAUGCAGUUCCCCACGUGGCUGACCCCGGAGUCCCGGCCCGACCGGGAGAGAUAAAGGGACCCCCAAUGGGCACCGGCCACGCCAGAGCCUCAGUGGGUGCGACUUUCGGGGGUGGGGCAGCAUCUGCCAGCUAUAAAACAGCUGAAUACGGACAACGAGCUUUCAUUUCUCUUUGGGGCAACUUCCUUCAGCGCCGACAGGAAAACAGCUGGGAAGCCCGAGACCAGGGACAUCGUGUGGCCGGGACCCCCAGACCCAGUGGGCUGGAGCCAGCAUGGACGUGUCUCCCGCGCUGGACUGUCGCCUGCAGUCGAGAUCCAAACCCACCGAUCAAGAACUUAAGGAUGGACCCAGAAAAUAAACGGUUGACCUGGGACCUUAAUGGAAAUGUCACCGAAAUUAGUUGCAUCAAAGAAUCAAGAUUGCCCGUGCAGGCAAGAAACAACAGGUAUUGCUCCUUUGGACUGAUUUCCCCAUGCAAAGUCACAAACUACACUGUCACUGUGACCCAUCCGCCGUUCUCAACAUGGAUCCUGUUCCCCGAGCCAGACGGGAUACCUGGUGCAGCAGCUGAAAACCUGUCCUGCCGAGUUCACGACGUGGAUGUCCUGACGUGCGAUUGGACGGUGGGCCGGGCGGCCCCGGACGAUGUCCAGUACCAGCUCUACUUGGAGCACGAGACGACCCGUGCACGGCACACGUGUCUGCGUUACAGAGCGGAUGACCGCGGAACCCACGUCGGGUGUCACUUCGAUGCCAUCUCUAGAGUGUCCAGAUAUCCCCACGGUUUCCAGGUCGUGGUGAACGGGACCAGUGAAAGAGCUCGUGUCCCCUGCACGGAUAUUUUCAGAUAUUUAUCUGCAAUCGAGAAAUUAAGUGCACCCAACAUCACUGUGAAGUGUAACAAAACACGUUCUUUCAUGGAGUGGAAAAUGUUAAGCCAUUUCAAUCGCAGAUUUAACUAUGAACUUCAGAUCCAAAAGAGCACAGAGGCUGCAGCCACGGAAACACUAAAGGUCAAAGAACACACCUCCUUUACGCUGCCUAAUCCUGGCACCUACACGGUGAAAAUAAGAGCGCAGGAAGUGUUCGAGCGACAGCUGAGCGACUGGAGCGCGCCCCAGCGCGUUGAGGAGGGGCCCCCUUCCCCUGUGCCCCUGUGUCUGGGACCCCAGAGAGGACCCUGAGUGUGACCGCGAGGCUGCGCCCUGCUCUUACUCCGCGCGAGGACCCAGGUGGGGAAACCAGACGGGUCCCCUCGCUGCUGGCUGCGGUGACCAGGUGAAGGCCAGGCCUCUGAGACACCCAAGGCCGUGCCGAGAGUUGCAGAGGGCAUCAAAGACCCUCCCCGUGUCUAUCGCUGGCCCGACAGAGAGGCCGUGGGGACCGUGCUGGCAUCGUCUCCCCCACCUGUCCUUCACGAGGACGGGGCUCUGCGCUGGGGGCGCGGAUCAUCGUGGGACGGAUGUUGCACGGGGCUGGCAGGGGUGGCCGCCAUCCUGUGCAGGUGUCGCUCUGGGGUGUCGCCCGUAGCCGUGCAUCCCGCCCCCCCCCCGACCCGCCCACUCCUGGACACCCCCGGGCGGCCCCGGACGUGACCUCUCCCCGCAGUGUGUGACGCGGAGGAGGACGUGCACGCGGGCUCCCGGCUGACGUGGCUGCUGGCCGCGGUGGGCGCGCUGCUGGCCCUGCUGUUGGCGCUGC